CUAUAUAUAGACCCCUCAGUUGCACUAAAAGAUACGAACUUGCCCAUUUCCAUUUCAGACCAGCACGCUUCAUACUAGAAAUUCAGUUUAAGCUUCAUCAGGUCGAUCCGAUGGAGUCGAAUCGCAAGCGCAGAGGGUUCAUGAAGGGGAAGUUGACGCCAUUCUAUCGUGUUUCCAAACCUUCCUCAACCUCAACUACUACAACUACUAGUACAACUAGCAAGCAGUCUAGCAUGCAAUACAUGAUGAGCAGCAAGGUUCAGCCGAGCCAGGCCUAUCCUUUACCAUCUUCGGUAGGGUUUCUGGUCCACAACCGCAAGGACUAUCAUGUCAUUGCAACUCAGGUUCAGGCUCAACCUAAACAGAAGAUUACCUUCAUAGUACCACCUUCUCCUGCAGAUCGCAAGCAGCAGCAGCAGCAGCAGCAGCUCGAUCAUAACCUUGCUGGUGAUGAGAUGGUUGAUAUGAAGGCGGCAACCUAUAUUUCAUCAGUUCAAGAACGUUUCAAGCUUGAACGUAACAAUUAACAUACUGAUGACCCAUAUUUCAAGUACUACAUCUACCUAGAAAGGCUCUGGCUAGCUAGUAUUAGUAUCUAUCUACGAUCGAACAGUUCUUCGAUCUCAUAAUAAGUCAUCCCCGAACAUAAAUAUGUCCAGGAAAAAAGAUUUGUUUUGUACGUGUACGUAGAGAUCGGAUUAAGAGACGUGCUUAAUUUUCAUAAUUUGUUAAUUAUAAAUUUAUGGUAUGAUCGAUGUUUAAACUAA